AUGGAACCCUCAUAUGAUCACGAACAUCCACAUCAUCAUCAGCAGCAGCAACAACAACAACAGCAGCAACAACAACAUCUACUAACAAAUUACAACUCCAAAAAAUAUAACUCACCCAUCAAUCGUACUCCCGAGUAUAAUAGUUCAGCAGAUUUACACGAUCAUGCGUCACUGCUGGCCGACGGCCGUUUGAUACACGAUACAAAUAGUGAAAUUUCUUAUCAGUAUCGCCAUGGUAGCGAACAUUCUUCUUCAAGCUUACACUCUCCUGCCAUUCAUCACUCGACCUCAACGUCUACGCCCACCCAUAACAAUAGCUAUGAUAAUGAUCACAUGACAGAUGUUACGACAGCCGUCUCAUUAUCCAUUAACUCGCAAUGCCACAAUUCGGUGAUAAUAUCUAACUCUUAUAUGGGCUCUACACCGCCGCCACAGUCAUCCUCAUCACAGCAUUUAAUUGGUUCAAACAUGUCACCAUUGCUCACAAAUAGUACCUCUUCGACCAUGCUCAACAAGUAUUUGUCGCAUCCCAACAUGAUGACCGUGGCCAUGUCUUCAGAUACGGAAGAGUAUGGUGGUGGAGCUGGAGCAGGAGGUGGAAAUAUUGGUGGUGUUGUGGGAGUGGGAGGUGGACCGAGUAUAAUGGAUGGCUCGAUGUGGGCAUACGACUAUAAGGGAGAAAUCUGUGCGGCGAAUAGGAAUUUCCUAGAUCGUCAUAAAUUAGUCAAUGAAGUCAAGUUUCGUGCUGUCGGCAGCAAUCAGUCCAAAUGUGCCAAAGAAGCUAGAAUACGUAGACCCAUGAAUGCAUUUAUGGUUUGGGCUAAAAUUGAACGCAAAAAGUUGGCCGAUGAAAAUCCCGAUUUACAUAAUGCUGAUCUUAGUAAAAUGUUAGGCAAAAAAUGGCGUUCAUUAACACCACAAGAUCGUAGACCCUAUGUGGAGGAAGCCGAACGGCUACGCGUUAUACACAUGACCGAACAUCCCAAUUAUAAGUACCGACCUCGACGAAGGAAACAAUCAAAACUACGCACUCUACAAACGAAUGGUGUGACAAAGGACCAAAAUGGCGUUGCUGGUACUCAAACGCCGAACAAACAAUCAAAUGCAAAAUCAUCAUCCACCCCACCCUCUAACUCACUGUCAUCGGGCACGUUCGAUACGAAUUCAAAUCAUCAAAGAAAUCCAACGCCGCACAUGCACACACCCUCGAACUCUGCCCUGUAUGAACAAACAUUGAGGCCAAAUUAUUCACCCAGUUCUUUGGACUGCUACAGUAAUCCAGAUAUGGCUGAUAACAAUGACUAUCUAAAUUGCCCGACACCUCACAGCAAUGAUGCAACAACGAGAAGUGAUCUACAGCACAACUUUGGUGUGGCGGCAGAAGAGACGACUAACGGUACCUCAUACAAGAAGAACUGUACAAAGCCUUCAGCGACAACUCAAGUGGGAAAAGGCUUAGCAAGAACUCGUUCACUAUUAAGUGCUGCUGGUGGAGGUCAUAAACUGUCACAAAAGGAAAUCGACAAAUGUAAAGAGAACGACUCGCUUAGGUCCGCAUAUCCCUUAGCAGCGACGUCUUUGUCUGUGGUAGCUGGCCGCGGUAUGUAUGUUACCUGUACGACUCGUGGUCUGCUGGAUCAUGGUCAUUCGGUGAAAGGUACUUUCUACCCUCCGAUAUCGUGUUUAGAUGAAGAUAAAAUCCACUCGAAUACACACACCAAUGUCAUGAGUUCUGGCAGCGGCCAUCCUUCGUCGUUGGCUUCAACCACCUACUCAACGCAUCAAACGGCAUCGCAUCAUCACCACAGUGAUUUGAAUUUCUCCUUGGAGAAUGCCCGCAUGUCACAGGGCUCUUGUGCUGGAGAUUAUUUAGUGUCGCCUAAUGCCUACAAUCACAAUGUUGCUUAUGAGGAUUAUUUACGUUACACAACAACGGCGGCCGCGCACUCUUCUCCGUUUGCAGACGGCGACUAUGGUACAUUAUCGGGUGAAAAUAACGCCAGUGACAUGAACAAUGAAGAUGACACCACGCUAAAGAAUCCAAAACAAACCAAAUAUCCUGAUUCUAAUCACAAUUACGAUAGCUAUGACGCAUUCAAUCCCAUGGUAGUGUCAACGACAGCCGCCAGUGGCAGCUACUACAGUCAACUUCCGUAUUCCUUAGCGAGCCAGUCAUUUCCAUUGCAACUAACUCUGCCUUUACAACAAUCCUCCAUUCCAGCCGGAGUCUAUGGCCAGGUGGCUCACAAUCAAAAUCAAAGUUAUCUUCAUUACAACCACUACAGUCCUCAGAUUGCAUCACAAAUGUCACAUUUAAAUGAAGCCGGUAACUCAGCCUCCCAAAUGAGCCUAAUGACGCAGGCUACAUCCACUCCUUUGGCCGCCACUUUGGCUCAGUCCGCACCCUAUCCAGCUCAUUCACAUCCCCAUCAUCAUCACACCCAUCAUCCGCAAAUAUUUAGUGGUGUUCCAAAUCCCACGGGUGUUUUAGGGGUGGGUGAAAUUCUACUCGAUCCCAGACGUGAUGAUGAAAUCAGCAACAUUUUAGCGGGAGUAAGAAAAACAUGCUACAGCAAUUAGAUUCAAUCUAAUGUACAACUACCCAUUACAGGCGAGGAUCCCACCCCCUAAAACCGAACAAUUUUUAAUAUAAAAUACUAAAAAAGGAAAAAUAAAUUUUAACAACUGGUCGAUCACGGAUCCACGCCUGACUCAUCAUAAGGACAAUGUGUAGCAGUUCUUUAAAAAAAAAAUUGUUAAAUUCUAAUUUUAUUUCCUGUUUCAAUUUACUUCCAUAACUCUAAAUAAUCAUGUAAAUAUAAAUGUAGUAUAUAUUAUACAUGUGAAAAUUCUCAACAAAAAAAGAUCAAAAAUAUACAUAAUUGUAGAUGAAUAAACAUUUUUUAAAGCUA